CCACCACUCGACUCCAGCCCGCACCAUGUCGUCGCAGCCUUCGGUCAUUCGUGUCCCGCCGUUCUCGUACAUCCACAUUCUGGAUAACAAUGUCAAUGUGACGUCGAUUGUGGCAGGGCCGCGGACGUACACUCGCCCGGAUCAUGUCCGGGUUGUGCUGGGGCCAGAGAAGAUGAUUACCAUUCCGCCUCGGCACUACUGUGUGGUGGGUAACCCGGUGGUUCGCGAUGACGGGGGCAACCCGGUGGUGGACGAAUACGGGCAGUACAAGCUGCGGUUUGGCGACGAGGAGGUCCGCGAGGCGCAGGACCGUUUCCCGCUGUACCCGGGCGAGUCGCUGGUGACAGGCGUGACGCAGAUGCCGGUGAUCGAGACGAACACGGCGAUGCUGCUGCGGGCCAAGCGCGAUUUUAAGCAGACGCUUGCCGACGGCGCGACUGUCGACCGCAUUGCCGGUGAGGAGUGGCUUGUUCGUGGGCCGACCGUGUUCAAGCCGAUGGUGGAGGCCGAGUAUGUGCGGACGGUGGAGGCGACGGUGGUGCGGCCGAACCAGGCGCUGCGUCUGCGUGCACGGCGCGACUGCAUCGACGCCAAUGGGGUGCAGCGGCGGACGGGCGAGGAGUGGCAGCUGCGGUCCGAGGGCGCAUACCUGCCGUCCGUUCACGAGGUGGUUGUCGACGUUGUCUCGGCGUAUGUGCUGACCGAGAAAACGGCGCUGCACCUUCGUGCGACGCGCAACUUUGACGACGCGCUCGGAGUGAGCCGCCGGGCCGGCGAGGAGUGGUUGGUCACGCUCGCCGACGCCGACCAGUACAUCCCGGAUGUGUACGAGGCUGUGGUGGGCCAGAUCGAGAUCACGACGCUGACGAACCGGCAGUACUGCGUGGUGGUGGACCCUGUCGACGCGAAGACCGGUCGGCAGCGGUUCGGGCACCGCGAGGUGCGGAUCGGCGAGCGGUCGUUCUUCCUCAACCCAGGCGAGCGACUCGAGUCGGGCAUCGAGGACGUGUACGUGCUCGGCGAGGACGAGGCGCUGGUGAUCCGCGCCAACCAGGCGUUUGACGACGUGGUGGCGAGCCGCGGCGCCGACGGGGCGGUGACCGAGACAACGGUGGCGCGGACGCCCGGCGACCUGUGGAUGAUCAUGGGCCCGCGCGAGUACUUUCCGCGGGUCGAGGUCUCUGUUGUUGACGUCCGGCGGGCGAUUCCGCUCGACGACAACGAGGGCAUCUACGUCCGCAACAUCACGUCUGGCGAGGUGACGGUUGUCUCGGGCGAGAGCUACAUGAUCCGCGAGGACGAGGAGCUGUGGCGCAAGGAGCUGCCGGCCGACGUGGAGGCGCUGCUGGCCAACGCUGCGACGCGCGACCCGCUGGCAGACCGGCACGCCCGCGGCAACGACGACAACACCUCGGCGUCGGGUCGCGACAUGACGCGGGCGGUGACGUUCCGGGUCCCGCACAACGCGGCGGUGCAGAUCUACGACUACAAGCUCAAGGAGUCGCGGGUGGUGUUUGGCCCGGACCUUGUACUGCUCCGGCCGGACGAGCAGUUUACGCCGAUCUGCCUCUCGGGUGACAAGCCGAAGCGGCCGAACGUGAUCAAGUCGCUCGCGCUGCUGCUCGGCCCGGACUUUGCAACAGACAUCAUCACGGUGGAGACGUCGGACCACGCCCGGCUCUCGCUGCAGCUCUCGUACAACUGGCACUUUGACGUCGACCGGUCGUCGCCCGAGUCGGUCCGCAAGCUCUUUUCGAUCUCGGACUUUGUGGGCGACAUGUGCAAGCGCAUCGCGUCUCGGGUCCGUGGCGCUGUGGCGCAGGUUCCGUUUGACGUCUUCCACAAGACCUCGGCGACGCUCAUUCCCGCGGCCCUGUUUGGGCAGGACGACGAGGGCAACGUCGGCAGCUACUACAAGUUCCCGGGCAACAACCUGGUCAUCACCUCGAUUGACAUCCAGUCGGUGGAGCCGGUCGACCAGCGGACGCGCGACUCGCUCCAAAAGUCGGUCCAGCUCGCCAUCCAGAUCACCACCGCCUCGCAGGAGGCGACGGCCAAGCACAACGCCGCCCGCGUCGAGCAGGAGGCCCGCGGCGCGCUCGAGCGCCAGCGCAUCCAGGACGAGGUCCGCGCCGAGGAGUCGCGCAAGGAGCUGCUCUCGCUCAAGGCCCUCUCUGCCGCCGUCGCCUCGUCCGGCCAGGCCACCGCAGAGGCCAAGGCCCGCGCUGAGGCCGCCAAGAUUGCUGGCGAGUCGUCGCUCGAGGAAGCCAAGCUCAAGGUCAAGGCCCAGGAGAUCGAGUCCACCGCCGAGCUUGCCCGCCUCGUCGCCCACCAGAACGCAGAGGUCGACCACAUGCGCAAGCUCAACGAGCUCGAGGUCGCCAAGGCCCGUGCAGAGGCCGACAUUGAGACCAAGCGCUGGGUCGAGUCGGUCGCCGCCCUCGGCCCCGAGACCAUCCGCGACCUUGCUCGCGCCGGCCCCGAGACCCAGGUCGCGCUCCUCAAGUCGCUUGGUAUCUCGUCGGUCCUCGUCACCGACGGCAACUCGCCCAUCAACCUCUUCAACACCGCCUCGGGUCUCAUCGGCUCGGGUGCCGGCGCUGACCAGUAGAUGCGUCGAUUUGCGAUUGAAUGCUUCCCCCCACCCUU